GGCCGCCCCAGUUCCUUCCGGAUUCAGGAGAAGGCGGGCGAUGGUGUCUCCGGGUUCGUGUUGGAGAAGGAAGUUUGUUUCUUUUUAAUGCGAGAGAAAGCAGGGAAGCCGUCGGAGGACCGCUAUGAGCCGCCAUCCCCGUCUGAAUGCCCUGUGGCUGCCCGCCGUCUUGUGUCUGGUGUUUGGGUCUCCAGGGUCGGGUGCGCGGAGACCCUCGCCUCAUCCUGGAGAGCAGCACCGGGGAAAGCAUCGGCUGCACUACGAAAGUCUGGGUUCUGUUCUGUCAGACUAUGACAUUCUUUCUGUGUCCAGUAUCCAACAACACUCUGUAAGAAGAAGAGACCUGCAGCCCGAGUCCCAUAUAGAGCGACUCCUGAGCUUUUCAGCAUUGCAUAGACAUUUUGAACUAUACUUAACAUCAUCAGUAGAACGUUUUCCAAAAAACUUUCAAGCGCUUAUAGUGGAUGGCCAAGGCAAGGAGAGAGAGUAUCAUGUACAAUGGCAAGAAUUUUUCACAGGACAUGUUGUAGGUAAGAGGCAUUCCAAAGUCAUUGCACAUAUAAGUGAAGAUGACUUCACAGCAAGAAUUAAUACUGAUGAAAAAGAAUAUAAUGUUGAGCCCCUAUGGAGGUUUCUUAAUAAUUCAAAGGAUGAAAGACUUCUGGUCUACAAAUCGGAAGAUAUUAAGGAUGUCUCCCGCUUGCAAUCUCCGAAAGUGUGUGGCUAUGUUAAUUUAGAGGAUGAAAACCUGUUGGGUGUUGGGAUGAAUGAUAGAACAUCAAAUGAAAUGAAAGUCUCUCGGCGAAAAAGAACUGUUCCGGAUCCCUUGAGGAAUACCUGCCGGAUGUUAGUAGUAGCCGAUCAUCGCUUCUUUAAGCACAUGGGCCGUGGGGAAGAAAGCACCACGAUUAAUUACUUAAUUGAAUUAAUAGACAGAGUGGAUGACAUAUAUCGCAAUACCUCGUGGGAUAAUGAAAACUUUAAAGGAUAUGGCAUACAGAUAGAACAGAUUAUUGUUCACAAUGCACCUGAGAAUGUAUCUGCGGGGCAAAAACAUUAUAAUAUGGCAAAAAGUCAUCCGAAUGAGGCGAAGGAUGCUUGGGAGGUGAAGGAGCUGCUGGAGCAAUUCAGCUACGAUAUAGCAGAGAAGGCAGCUUAUGUGUGCCUUGCUCACCUCUUUACAUACCAAGACUUUGAUUUGGGCACUCUUGGACUGGCUUAUGUCGGCUCUCAAAGGCAAAACGGCCAUGGUGGUAUCUGUCCAAAAGCUUAUUACAAUACGGCUGCUGGGAAGGAUGUGUACCUCAACAGUGGCUUAACCAGCACAAAGAACUAUGGCAAAACUAUCCUCACUAAGGAAGCAGACUUGGUUACUACUCAUGAGCUGGGGCACAACUUUGGGGCAGAACAUGAUCCCGAUAAUAUGCCAGAGUGUGCCCCAACUGAAGAUCAGGGAGGAAAAUACGUUAUGUAUCCAAUUGCUGUGAGUGGGGAUCAUGAAAACAACAAGAUGUUUUCGAACUGCAGUAAACAAUCCAUCCUUCGAACUAUUGAAACCAAAGCUCCGGAGUGCUUCAAAGAGCACAACAACAAAGUGUGUGGCAACUCCAGAGUAGAUGAAGGCGAGGAGUGUGACCCCGGCCUCUUGCAUCUGCACGUUGACCCUUGCUGCACAUCUGAGUGCAAACUGAAACCAAAUGCAACAUGCAGUGAUCGUAACAGCCCCUGCUGUAAAGGAUGCCUGUUUGAAAGCGCGCUGAAGAAGUGCCAAGAAGCUAUCAAUGCUACUUGUAAGGGGGAGUCGUAUUGCACAGGCAAUAGCAGUGACUGUCCUCCUCCUGGGAAUGCUCCGGAUGACACUGUCUGCGUGGAUUUGGGAAAGUGCAAAGAUGGAGGAUGUGUACCAUUCUGUGAGAGGGAAAAGAACCUCCGUUCAUGUGCUUGUAAUGAAACGGACCACUCCUGUAAGGUCUGCUGUCGUGAUGAUCAUGGGAGAUGCAACCCAUAUGUUGAUGCCAACCAGAAUUUCUUGUAUUUGAGGAAGGGGAAGCCGUGCACUGUGGGAUUCUGUGACAUGAAUGGUAAAUGUGAGAAGCGAGUUCAGGAUGUGAUUGAACGACUUUGGGUUUUCAUUGAUCAACUUAGCAUUAACACAUUUGGAAAGUUUCUUGCAGACAACAUAGUAGGAUCAGUGGUUGUUUUCUCCUUGCUAUUUUGGAUUCCUCUGAGCAUUCUUGUACAUUGUGUGGACAAAAAACUGGAUAAGCAAUAUGAAGAGAACACUAAGUCUCUGUUUGGUCCCAGUAAUGUGGAGAUGCUCAGCAGCAUGGACUCAGCCUCGGUCCGAAUUAUCAAACCAUUUCCCACUGCACCAUCGACAAGUCGUCACCAGCCCCUGCAGCCAGUGGUGCCGGUGCCAGUGCCUGUGACAGCUGUGGCCCCCAAACUGGAUCACCCAAGGAUGGACACCAUUCAAGAGGACCCAAGCACAGACUCUCACAUGGAAGAUGAUUGUUUCGAGAAGGAUCCUUUCCCAAAUAACAGCAUAACUGCCAAAUCAUUUGAGGACUUGACAGAUCACCCUGUCACAAGGAGUGAGAAGGCAUCAUCCUUCAAACUACAAAGGCAACACAGAAUAGACAGCAAGGAAACAGAGUGCUAGUCUAUCUCUCUGCUUUAUGGACUUCUGACUCAUCUCUCUGCUUUAUGAACUUUUGCCUUGUGCUCUUUGAUCUAAAGCCAUUUCAUUACUGAAAUACAGUGUGUGUGUAUAUAUGUGUAAAUAGAUAGAUAUAUAUUAAGAAAGGGAAAUAAGGAAGUGACUUAUUGCAGAUGCUGGCCAUGUGUAUGAUCUUCCUUAGUUUCAGUAUUUGAGAGUCUACUUAAAGAAACAGAACUAAAGCCUCAAAGUUUAUUGAAUCUUUUUGAUUUUUUUUUCUAUAGACUUGAGUUGAACAUUUCCUUCAGGCUGUGUUGUAGAGGCAUAAUCUGCCCAACGCUAGACUGUACAUGUUAAUAUUUUUUAUAAUGUACUGUUUUAUAGUGGAACAGCACUGACAGACAGUUUUCUUCUUAAUAUGGAAGCUCCGACCCAGUUUUAGUUAGUUUUAACUGACUUCAGCUGGAAUGGGGCCCAAGCAUUUAGUGACUUCUUAGAUCAUAGGUGUCAAACUCGCGGCCCUCCAGAUGUCAUGGACUACAGUUCCCAUCACCCCCUGCCAGCAUCAUGCUGGCAGGGAAUGAUGGGAACUGUAGUCCAUAACAUCUGGAGGGGCGUGAGUUUGACACCUGUGUCUUAGAUCACCGCAUUUGGCGAUUGACAUACCCAAAUAAUUCAAAACGGUAUUUUUAUUUUAAAUGAGGAUGAACAAGUUGACAGUUGAGGUUUCGAAGGUGCAGAGCGAAUGUGCAUGUUUGGUUGGGGGGUGGGACUGAUGUGGAUUCCGCACAGCAUAUUUAUAAUGAGUUGCAAUCAUUAUAAAUGAACUAGUUUUGCCUAAGGGAUUGCAACUCCUUAUAAAUAUGCUGUGCGGAAUCCACAUCAGUGUGACAGGGAGCAGGGCAGCAGUGAAGUGUUUUAAGUGCAGACCUGAUGAGUCUCAGAAUAUUUUCAGAAUACUUUCCUGGUAAUUGGGCUUUGACAACUUUUAAGCCCAUUGAUUUCAGUGGGACUUGGGAGGUAUAACUAUGUCCUUGAUAGUGGUCUGUUACAAAGCAAAAUGCAUGCUGUUGACUCCUUCAGCUGGGGUAGAGAGGAGAUUAUUAUUUUGGGACACGGUUAAGUUUUUGGCUAGCAGGCGUUUAGGGAUAAAAAUUAGGGCUGUCGAUCAUGGCUUUCAUGUGAUAUAAAUCCAGAAACCACAUGUGUAAUAUGUAGACACCCGCUUGUUUUGAGUUGCAGUCCAUUUAGAACUGUGUUUAGGCCGCCCUAAAUUCAGUGAAAAUUACUUAGGAAUCAUGCUCUCUCAGUUCUUUUCUUUGGCCCCAGCACAAUGGGGGGUGAUUCCCUGGGGGAAAAUACUGCUAUUCUCUCUUCCCUUACCCUAUCCAGGCAGCACAACUGGUAUGGAUAGUUUUGAUCCUUAUCCAGAGACACAAUGAAUUCACAGACAGACUGCGACCGUGGUGUAGAGAGUACACAUACCUUAUUCUCCACCUGGAUUGGAGCAGAUGUUAGUAGAAACACAGAGACCAUAACAGAAUGAAAACAAUGUAUUUCUGCUUUUUUGUUUUGUUUUUUUACAAUUACUUUAUCAUACUUGUAUCAUAAGUUUCAUUUGUAUAAAACAUGAGCUGGAUCGAAUGUCUACUUCAAGUAUAAAGAUCCCAUGGCCUUAAUUAUGAAAGAGACUUUUGUAUUUUUGUAUCUGGUACAAAUUAACCAAACCUGUGAAAAAUGUGCGUCUUCUGUGGAUAUUUGUUACACUAAUACUUGAAUGUGUGCCUUUGGGGUAUUUUUUUCUAUAACCUAGUAAUUUUAGAUUUCAUACAUAGUAGUAAACUAUGAGACAAGUGUAAAAACUCCCUAAACAAAUAAAAUCAUUUUUACAGAG